CGCUUGCCUGCCGGGGAGGGGACCUGCGGCCGGGACUUUCGACUGCGGCUGAAUGGCAUCGCCUCCGCUGGACCGGCUGGUGCUGACCCACGUGUUGGUCGCCCUCUUCGGCAUGGGCUCGUGGGCUGCGGUCAACGGGCUCUGGGUGGAGCUGCCCGUGGUGGUGAAGGACCUGCCAGAGGGUUGGAGCCUUCCCGCCUACCUCUCCGUGCUCGUGGCGCUGGGGAACCUAGGGCUGCUGGCGGUCACCCUGUGGCGGCGGCUGGCCCCGGACAGGAGCGAACAGAUCUCCAUCCGGGUGGUGCAGGCCCUGAGCGUGGUGGGCACGGCCCUGCUGGCCCCACUGUGGCACCGCGUGGCCCUGGUGGCUGAGCAGCAGCAUUCGGUGGCUUUCCUGGCGCUGGCCUUGCUGCUGGCGCUGGCCAGCUGUGCCUCCAACGUCACCUUCCUGCCCUUCCUGGGCCACCUGCCGCCCACCUUCCUGCGCUCCUUCUUCCUGGGCCAGGGCCUGAGUGCCUUGUUGCCCUGUGUGCUGGCCCUGGUGCAGGGGGUGGGGCGCCUCGAGUGCCCACGGGCUGCUGCCAACAGCACCCCAGGAACCCCUCAUCACUUCCCUGAGCGGUUUCCUGCCAGCACCUUCUUCUGGGUGCUCAGUGCUCUGCUGGUCACCUCAGCAGCCGCCUUCCAGGGCCUCCUACUGCUGCUGCCGGCCUCACCACCCUCCCCUGCCACAGACCCCGGGUGUGGCCUGCGGGUGAGAGCCCCAGAGGUUCGGGAAGAGGAGCAGGAGGAGGCCUCACCCCUGCAGGAUAUGCCCAACUCACCACCCAGCAGUGCCCCCAGCCCAGCUCCUGAGGGCCAGGGGCUGCUGUCCAGGCGCACUACCUGUCUGCUGGGGCUGCUGGCUGGCACCAACGCGCUGACCAAUGGUGUCCUGCCCGCUGUGCAGAGCUUCUCUUGCCUUCCCUAUGGGCGCCUGGCCUACCACUUGGCAGUGGUGCUGGGCAGUGCCGCCAACCCCCUUGCCUGCUUCCUGGCCAUGGGCGUGCUGUGCAGGUCCCUGGCCGGGCUGGGGGGUCUCUCCCUGUUGGGCUUGCUGAUUGGGGCCUACUUGAUGGCGCUGGCGAUCCUGAGCCCCUGUCCACCACUGGUGGGCACUUCUGCAGGGGUGGUCCUUGUGGUGCUGUCAUGGGUGCUGUGUCUAGGCGUGUUCUCCUACGUGAAGGUGGCUGCCAGUUCCCUGCUACAUGGGGGUGGUCGAUCGGCACUGCUGGCAGCUGGCGUGGCCAUCCAGGUGGGCUCCCUGCUGGGUGCCGUGGCCAUGUUCCCGCCCACCAGCAUCUACCAGGUGUUCCGCAGCGGGCGGGACUGUGAGGAUCUGUGUGAGCACUGAGUCAGGAUUGGCCAUCUGAGUCUCCAAACGCCCGCCUGGGCUCAACCCACUCCAGUUCUGUUCCCCUGCCAGGGCCCUGCUCCAUGGAGAUUUACACAAUAAAGUGUUUUUAUUCCACCUUCA